GUGGGUGAGGGCACUGGGUCUGGGAGCUCCUUCGUGAGGAGGGUAGAGCUGCUCUUGCUCAGCCGUCGGGGACAGUGUGACCGAGCACUCGGGGAGCCGCAGCUGAGCGGGGGGGACCACCCGCUGCCUGGGCCUGCCCACCCAGCGGUCGGAGCACCAGGACUUGGGGUCCUCUGGGGCACCCGCCCUCUGCCCUGGUCCAGGCCUGCCCCUCCCCCCAUCCGUCCCAGCGCUGUUGAGCGUCUGGGCUGACGCUCCCCGCUCCCCGCCCCACUCCCGCCCCAGGGGGGACAGCCUCGUCAAGGACAGGCGCUUGACAAGUUGGUCACAGGCUGCACCUUGUAUCGUGGGUAAGAAGAUAGGCAGUGAGGCGGGAACAGAAGAGGCUUUGAGCGAGCGCCCGGCACUGGUCCCCAAGGUCACACCCCAGGAGGGGCGAGGGGCUGCUCUGCACAAACAGCCGGUGCUCGCCCGCAGAAGCCAGAGCCACCCAGCGCCUCCCGGAGCCGGGAUGCGGGCUCUGCCACUCCGGCCCCUGGCCCUGGUGCUGUCGGUGCUGGGGCCCCUGCUGGGAGCCGGGGCCCCCGCAGGAGAGGGCUCCAGCACCCCAGCCUCGCCCAGAGAGCCGGCCACAGGCGCGGGGGGGCUCAUCUUCCACCAAGACUGGGACUGGCCGCCAGGCAGCCCACAAGACCCCCUGUGCCUGGUGACCCUGGACCAGAAGGGCAAUAGGGGCAGCAGCCCGCUUCGGGUGGCAGGGGCCCUGAGACGCUACGAGCACGCCUUCCUCGAGGCUGUGCGGCGGGCACGCUGGGGUCCCCGCGACCUGGCCACCUUCGGGGUCUGUGCCGCCAGCGCCGGGCAGCCCGCCCUGCUCCCUCUGCGGCAGCUGCAGGCAUGGCUGGGGGAGCCGGCGGGGCGGCGGCUGGCCGUGCUGCACCUGGAGGAAGUGACCUGGGAGCCGACACUCUCACUGAAGUUCCAGGCGCCCCCACCUGGAGGAGCCGGUCCUCUAGAGCUGGCGCUGCUGGUGCUGUACCCCGGGCCUGGCCCCGAGGUCGCUGUCACCGGGACUGGGCUGCCAGGCACCCAGAACCUUUGCUGGUCCCGGGACACGCGCUACCUGGUGCUGGCCGUGGACCACCCAGCGGGGGACUGGCAGAGCCCUGGGGUCACCCUGACCCUGCAACCCCAAGGAGACGGUAGGCUCUCAAAGGCAGGGACCCGGCAAGGGCGGGCUGCCCUCGGCCCCCCAACACUAAGCCACCCCCGGGUCACGCCAGGCCACACAGGUGCACCCCUGAGCACCACCCAGCUGCAGGACCUGCUGUUCGGCCCCAACCCCCGCCGCUUCACGCGGAUGACCCCGGCCCUGCUCCUGCUGCCACUGCCCGGGCCCGCACCAAUGCCCGCGCACGGCCUCCUGGAGCGAGUGCCCUUCCCGCCACCCAGGCUCCCCCAGGAGCAGCAGGCCAAGGAGCCACCGCCCGGCGCAGACCCCUUCCUGCAGACGCUCACGCGCCUAGUGCGCGCCCUGCGGGGCCCCCCCGCCCAGGCCUCGCCAACGCGCCUGGCGCUGGACCCGGGCGCGCUGGCCGGUUUCCCGCAGGGCCUCGUCAACCUGUCGGACCCCGCGACACAGGAGCACCUGCUCGACGGCGAGGAGCCGCUGACGCUACCACGGGCCUCGGCCACGGCCGGGGACCCCGCGCCGCUGCAGGGCCCCGAGGCCGCGCCCUGGGCCGCGGGCCUAGCGCAUCGUGUGGCCGCCGAGCUGCGGGCCGCGGCCGCCGAGCUCCGCGGGCUCCCGGGGCUGCCGCCCGCCGCCACGCUGCUGCUGGAGCGCCUGCUCGCGCUCUGCCCCGGGGCCCCGGGGGGCGCGGGGGACCCCGGCGGCCCGGGUGACCCCCUGCGCGCGCUCCUGCUGCUCAAGGCGCUGCAGGGUCUGCGCGCCGAGUGGCGGGGGCGCGAGCGCAGCGGGCCCCCACGGGCACAGCGCAGCGCGGGCGCCGGGGCGGCGGACGGGCCGUGCGCGCUGCGCGAGCUGAGCGUCGACCUGCGCGCCGAGCGCUCGGUGCUCAUCCCCGAGACGUACCAGGCCAACAACUGCCAGGGCGCGUGCGGCUGGCCGCAGUCCGACCGCAACCCGCGCUACGGCAGCCACGUGGUGCUACUGCUCAAGAUGCAGGCCCGCGGCGCCGCCCUGGCGCGCCCGCCCUGCUGCGUGCCCACGGCCUACGCCGGCAAGCUCCUCAUCAGCCUGUCGGAGGAGCGCAUCCGCGCGCACCACGUGCCCAACAUGGUGGCCACCGAGUGCGGCUGCCGCUGACCCCCGCGCCGGCCGCCAGGGGCGUCCCCGCCCGUAUUUAUUCAGACCCCAAUCCCCGCCCCAAUAAAGACCAGCAAACACUAGCUGAUGUGUAUGUGCGUUUGCGGACAGGCGGGGGCCUCGUCCUGGCCAGCUCUCCCCGGGCGCGGAGGGCAGCGCCAUCCCCGACGGCGCCCACG